AAGCUUUGGAGCACAUGACAGGUUGUUCUCACACACUCCUGCUUACUGAAUCAUGGAUUUACGUAUUUUUGGUGCAACAGUGACAACAGUGGCAUUCAUUAUGUCUGAGUUACUAUGGAAUCAAGUGGGUGUUGACGUGGAUGACAAAAUGAUGCAACUUCAAAUGAAAAGGCAAAAGAAAGAGGAUUAUCAACUUAAAUUGCAAAUGGGGAAGAACUCUGGGAUGUUUUGCCUGAAGGAUGGAUUAGCACCUAAUACUGUGCUCAGUGGCCUCAGUGGGUCACUGUCCAGUCACACUCUCACCUUCCUCAUCAUCCUCCUCCUCAGACCGACUUAUCGGGGUCAGUCUCAGGUAGUUGGUCCAUCUCAGCCAAUAAUAGUAAGAGUUGGUGAUGACGUCAUUUUGCCAUGCAAUCUGAAGCCAGCUACCGAUGCUGUUAGUAUGACUUUGGAGUGGGCAAGACCUGACCUGAACCCCAGGUUUGUCCACGUGUGGCAUAAAGGUCAAGACCUCCUGGUUAAUCAACAUCCAUCUUACAAAGGAAGAACAUCACUGUCCAUCGAGAGACUGAAACAUGGAGACGUUUCAUUAAAACUCUCCAAAGUGAAACUCUCUGAUAAUGGACAAUACAGAUGCUUCAUUCCAGAUCUGAAUAAAGACUCUACUGUUGAGCUUGUUGUUGCAGGUCCAACUAGUCCAUCCACUGCUACAACAACAGCAGGUCCAACUAGUCCAUCCACUGCUACAACAACAGCAGGUCCAACUAGUCAAUCCACUGCUACAACAACAGUUGUUCCAACUAGUCCAUCCAAUGCUACUACAACAGCUGUUCCAACUAAUCCAUCCAAUGCUACUACAACAGCUGCUACAACUAGUCCAUCAAAUGCUACUACAACAGCUGCUCCAACUAGUCCAUCCAAUGCUACUACAACAGCUGCUCCAACUAGUCCAUCCAAUGCUACUACAACAGCUGUUCCAACUAGUCCAUCCAAUGCUACUACAACAGCUGCACCAACUAGUCCAUCCAAUGCUACUACAACAGAUGUUCCAACUAGUCCAUCCAAUGCUACUACAACAGCUGUUCCAACUAGUCCAUCCAAUGCUACUACAACAGCUGUUCCAACUAGUCCAUCCAAUACUACUACAACGGCUGUUCCAACUAGUCCAUCCAAUGCUACUACAACUAGUCCAUCCAAUGCUACUACAACAGCUGUUCCAACUAGUCCAUCGAAUGCUACUACAACAGCUGUUCCAACUAGUCCAUCCAAUGCUACUACAACAGCUGCUCCAACUAGUCCAUCCAAUGCUACUACAACAGCUGUUCCAACUAGUCCAUCCAAUGCUACUACAACAGCUGCUCCGACUAGUCCAUCCAAUGCUACUACAACAGCAGGUCCGACUAGUCCAUCCAAUGCUACUACAACAGCAGGUCCGACUAGUCCAUCCAAUGCUACUACAACAGCAGGUCCGACUAGUCCAUCCUCUGCAACAACAACAUCUGUUCCUACAACUCCAGCUCCUCCAUUGCCUCCUCUUAUUGAAUUCACACCAGCUGCCUUUUUUUCCAUCUUGUUUGUUGCAGUUGUGGUUAUGGUCACCACACCUAUUCUGCUUAUUUGUUACAUACUGAAAAAUAGAGGAGUGAGCUACAUGAGGAUGAAAGAGGAAGACGGGGACACAAAUUCUGAGUUAAACAGGCAAAAAGGGAGAAAAGAAGAUGAGACAGAAUUGAAGGGAAGGGAUGAAAAAAUUAAAGAUUUGGAGGAAAAGUUACAGAGGAAAGCCAGCCUGGUUGAUGCACUAAACUUUCAGAAACAGACACUUGAGAACCAGAAAGAUCAACUGAAGAAAAGGUUGCAGCAGAAAGCCAACAUGGCUGAUGGACUAAAGGAACAGAAACAGACACUUGAGAACCAGAAAGAUCAACUGAAGUUGCAACUGAAGGAGGUGGAGAAAAAGAAGGAGGAGAACAAGGAGAAACUUCUGUCAGUGGAGAACAAAAUAACUGAGGCUGAGAAUAAAAAGACGGAUAAAGGGGGAUUGUUAAAAGAAAAAGAAAAUCUAACUGAUGUCAAAUGGAAACUAGAUGAGCAAAAGACAAACUGGGAGAAACUAAUUCUGAGUGUGGAGCAGAUUCUGCAGAGAAUAGAUGUUUUAGUCAGUAGUGACCAAGUACAAGAAACUACAGCACACGACAAUUAAGGGUUUGAGCUGCUGGACGAGAGAGUAAGAGAAGAAUGAGCUUUUAGUUUAAUUCAAAAAGUCAAACUGUCUGAUCUUACUUUUUAUAGCAAAUAAUCACAACAUGUGUAGAUAAAAAAAUGAUAUAAUUCAAAAAUUACUCAUUAAAUGUAUGAACUAAUCUAGUUUGGUUCAGUUUCAUUUUGUUCUUUACUGCUGGUUGUAGUAACUUAAAUGGUUUCCUUGUGAAGGUGAGCUUUCUAUAGUAACUAAUCACAACAUCACAACAUUUUCAGACACUAAAAAAUUGUAUCAUUCAAAAAUUAUUAAUUGAAUGUAUUGUCUAACCUAGUUUUCAUUUUUUCUUGACUGCUGGUUGUAGUAACUUAAAUGGUUUCCUUGCGCUCAGUACAUGUGAAGAUGUUUUACAACCCUGUCUUCAUAUAUAACUGGUUAUAUAGGAGGAAAUGUGUUGAAUUUAAAAUGUAAUGCAGAUUUGAUUAUUUUAUGUUGUUAAUACUGUAUUACAACAAAAUGUUAUAAAUGUAUCUAUAAACUGCUGCCAAUUAUAUGUUGAUACUGAACCUUUCUGCAAAGUA